AUGGACUUCGUCAGCCGCCAUGCUGGUUCUUCCUCCUCCUCCUCCUCCGCUGCUGAUCACCUCCAAUACCAGCAAUCACAACACAAUACUGCUCCAACCUCCACCUCCGUUACUACUCAGCCACCUCCUCAAGCUCCCGAGGAGCCCGAGUACUUGGCGCGGUACAUGGUCGUCAAACACUCGUGGCGGGGGCGAUACAAGAGAAUAUUGUGCAUUUCGAACCAUCAUAUAGUGACCUUGGAUCCGGGCACAUUAAAUGUCACCAAUUCGUAUGAUGUGGGCAAUGAUUACGAGGGAGCGUCACCCAUUCUUGGGAGAGACGAGACGUCGAAUGAGUUUAAUAUUAGUGUGAGGACUGAUGGCAAGGGAAAAUUCAAGUCUAUUAAGUUUUCUUGUAAGUAUAGAGCUAGUAUAUUAACUGAGUUGCAUAGAAUUAGGUGGAACAGGCUUGGAUCAGUUGCCGAGUUCUCAGUGUUGCAUCUUCGGAGAAGAACAUCGGAGUGGGUUCCUUUUAAACUAAAGGUCACCUACGUCGGAGUUGAACUUAUUGAUCUAAAAUCUGGAGAUCUUCGGUGGUGCUUGGACUUCAGAGACAUGGAUUCUCCAGCCAUUAUUCUUCUGUCAGAUGCUUAUGGGAAGAGAAAUGUUGAUCAGGGGAGUUUUGUUCUGUGCCCUUUAUAUGGAAGGAAAUCCAAAGCUUUCUUGGGUGCUUCAGGGACUUCUAGUGCUGCCAUAAUUUCGGCAUUGACUAAAACUGCCAAAACAAUGGUUGGUGUGUGGUUAACUGUUGACAGUACUCAGCCUCUUACAGUCUCAGAGUAUAUCAAGCUUAGGGCGAAAGAAGCUGUUGGUGCUGAAGAAACCCCAUGCGGUGGUUGGUCCGUUACAAGAUUACGGUCUGCUGCUCAUGGAACUCUAAACUUUCCAGGUUUGAGUUUGGGGAUUGGGCCUAAAGGUGGACUCGGUGAAAAUGGUGAUGCCGUAUCACGUCAACUAAUUCUUACUAGGGCUUCAAUUGUUGAGAGGCGCCCGGAAAAUUAUGAGGCUGUUAUAGUUCGUCCCUUAUCUGCUGUUAGUGCUCUUGUUCGAUUUGCUGAGGAGCCCCAGAUGUUUGCCAUUGAAUUCAAUGAUGGGUGCCCCAUCCAUGUGUAUGCCAGUACUUCACGCGAUAGCUUGCUUGCAGCUGUUAGGGAUGUUAUACAAACAGAAGGUCAGUGCCCGGUGCCUAUAUUACCAAGGCUUACAAUGCCUGGUCAUCGGAUUGAUCCUCCUUGUGGAAGAGUAUAUUUGCAAAUUCACCAAGUCCCUGCUACCCAACAGCGUUUUGCUGCUGACAUGGAAAAUGCAACCAUGCACUUGAAACACUUAGCUGCAGCUGCCAAGGAUGCUGUAGGUGAGGGAGGUUCGAUCCCUGGGUCAAGAGCUAAACUGUGGCGUAGAAUCAGGGAAUUUAAUGCAUGUAUUUCAUACAGUGGAGUACCUAUCAAUAUUGAAGUACCUGAGGUGACUCUGAUGGCCUUGAUUACUAUGCUCCCAGCAGCUCCUAAUCUUCCUCCAGAAUCACCUCCCUUACCACCACCUUCUCCUAAAGCUGCUGCCACUGUGAUGGGUUUUAUUGCGUGUUUGAGGAGGUUGCUUGCCUCAAGGAGUGCUGCAUCUCAUGUGAUGACUUUUCCUGCUGCUGUAGGAAGAAUAAUGGGAUUACUUAGAAAUGGUUCUGAGGGGGUGGCUGCUGAAACAGCUGGUCUGAUUGCUGUGCUUAUGGGUGGUGGCCCUGGGGAUACAAAUAUUUUGAGUGAUACCAAAGGAGAAAGGCAUGCAACAUUCAUGCAUGCAAAAUCUGUGCUGUUCGCUAACCAGAGCAGUCUCAUAAUCCUAGUUAAUAGGUUAAAGCCUAUGUCUGUAUCUCCAUUGCUGUCAAUGUCAAUUGUUGAGGUUCUUGAGGCCAUGAUAGCUGACCCACAUGGUGAAACAACCCAAUAUACAGUGUUUGUAGAUCUAUUACGUCUUGUUGCCGGGUUGCGACGCCGAUUGUUUGCAUUGUUUGGUCAUCCUGCAGAAAGUGUAAGGGAAACGGUAGCAGUCAUUAUGCGUACAAUUGCUGAAGAAGAUGCUGUUGCUGCCGAAUCUAUGCGUGAUGCUGCAUUACGUGAUGGUGCGCUCUUGAGGCAUUUAUUGCAUGCGUUUUACCUUCCUGCUGGUGAACGGCGUGAGAUUAGUCGGCAACUCGUGGCUCUUUGGGCAGAUUCUUAUCAACCAGCUCUUGAUCUUUUGUCUAGAGUUCUUCCUCCAGGGCUUGUUGCUUAUUUGCAUACCAGACCUGAUGGAUCUUCAGCAGAAGACAUGCUCAAUACUGAAGGACAUUUGCUUAGUAGGAGACAGAGGCGCUUACUCCAGCAGAGAAGGAAUCGUCCUGGCAGAGGGAUGUCAUCUCAGGGACCCUUAUUGCCUUCUACCACCAACUCGGAUGGCAUUGAUCAGGCAAAUCAGUCAAGCCCUGGGGCAGCAGAAGGUUACAAAGUUUCUUCCGAUAUGAGGCCGGGAUAUGUGGCAACUAGUUCAACUUCUGCAGUUAAUACUGGAGAGAACUUUAUUAGUGAGUUUAACAGUUCAGCUGUCACGCAGAGUGAUCAGCCAGCAUCUACUGAUUCUUAUACUCCAGUAAAUACACAUGAGAUUAGUGAAUCCAAUGCUGUGGGUUCAGUUGAUCCAGAUGCCAACCAAUCUGGUAAUCAAACUGCUGGCUUACCUGCACCUGCUCAGGUAGUUGUUGAGAAUGCAUCUGUUGGAUGUGGCCGAUUGUUACUGAAUUGGCCUGAAUUUUGGCGAGCUUUUAGUCUAGAUCACAAUCGUGCUGAUUUGAUCUGGAAUGAGCGCACCAGGCAGGAGCUCCGAGAGGCUUUGCAGGCUGAAGUUCAUCGACUCGAUGUUGAGAAAGAGCGCACUGAAGACAUUGUUCCUGGAGGUGGAACAUUGGACAUCAUUACUGGGCAAGUUGGUGUACCUCAGAUCUCAUGGAACUACACUGAGUUUUUUGUUAGGUAUCCCAGCUUGUCAAAAGAAGUCUGUGUGGGUCAAUAUUACCUUAGGCUGCUGCUUGAGAGUGGCAGCAGUGGGAGGGCGCAAGACUUCCCAUUGCGUGAUCCUGUUGCUUUCUUUAGAGCUCUAUACCAUCGGUUCUUAUGUGAUGCUGACACUGGGCUAACUGUAAAUGGUGCUGUUCCUGAUGAGUUGGGAUCUUCUGAUGAUUGGUGUGAUAUGGGAAGGUUAGAUGGUUUUGGUGGUGGUGGUGGUUUUUCAGUGAGGGAACUUUGUGCCCGGGCAAUGGCAAUUGUGUAUGAGCAACAUUACAACACCGUGGGUCCAUUUGAAGGAACAGCACACAUAACUGUACUCUUGGAUAGAACUGAUGAUAGAGCAUUGAGGCACCGUCUGCUUCUUCUUUUGAAGGUGUUGAUGAAGGUUUUAUCAAACAUAGAGGCAUGCGUCUUGGUCGGAGGUUGUGUCCUUGCUGUUGAUUUACUUACAGUCGUGCACGAGGCCUCGGAGAGAACUACUAUACCUUUACAAUCAAAUUUGAUUGCGGCUACUGCUUUCAUGGAACCUUUGAAGGAGUGGUUAUUUAUCGACAAGGAUGGUGCAGAAAGUGGACCUGUGGAGAAAGAUGCUAUCAGAAGAUUUUGGUCAAAGAAAGAAAUUGACUGGACUACACGCUGUUGGGCUUCUGGGAUGCCUGACUGGAAGAGAUUGAGGGACAUUCGAGAACUUCGAUGGGCACUAGCUGUCCGUGUUCCCGUUCUCACUCCAACCCAGGUGGGAGAUUCUGCAUUGUCCAUAUUGCACAGCAUGGUAGCUGCACAUUCAGAUAUUGAUGAUGCUGGGGAAAUCGUUACACCAACACCGAGAGUAAAAAGGAUCUUAUCGAGUCCACGAUGCCUUCCACAUAUUGCACAGGCUAUGCUUUCUGGUGAACCGACCAUUGUUGAGGGCUCUGCUGCUUUGAUGAAGGCUGUCGUUACCCGGAACCCGAAAGCAAUGAUAAAAUUAUACAGCACUGGUGCAUUUUAUUUUGCACUGGCUUACCCUGGUUCGAAUCUGCUUUCAAUUGCAGAGCUCUUCUCAGUGACGCAUGUUCAUCAAGCUUUUCAUGGGGGUGAAGAGGCUGCAGUGUCCUCUUCUUUGCCUUUGGCUAAACGUAGUGUCUUGGGUGGACUCUUACCUGAGUCAUUGCUCUAUGUACUGGAACGCAGUGGCCCAGCUGCAUUUGCUGCAGCAAUGGUUUCUGAUUCUGACACUCCUGAGAUCAUAUGGACGCACAAGAUGAGAGCAGAAAAUCUGAUUUGCCAGGUUCUGCAGCAUCUUGGAGAUUUUCCUCAGAAGUUGUCCCAGCAUUGCCAUUCUUUAUAUGAUUACGCUCCCAUGCCACCAGUUACAUAUCCAGAGCUGAAAGAUGAAAUGUGGUGUCAUCGAUAUUAUCUGCGGAAUCUCUGUGAUGAGAUCAGGUUUCCAAACUGGCCCAUCGUCGAACAUGUUGAGUUCUUGCAAUCACUGUUGGUGAUGUGGCGGGAAGAGUUGACUAGGAGACCCAUGGAUCUCUCUGAAGAAGAAGCUUGUAAAAUAUUAGAGAUAAGUUUAGAGGAUGUGUCUAGAGAUGAUGCCCCAAAAGGUCAAACUCUUGAGAUAUCUGAUGAGAUUCCAAAUUUAUCAAAGCAGAUUGAAAAUAUAGACGAGGAGAAGCUUAAGCGGCAGUAUAGGAAACUUGCAAUGAAAUACCAUCCAGAUAAAAAUCCUGAAGGGAGGGAGAAGUUUCUUGCUGUUCAGAAAGCUUAUGAACGAUUGCAGGCUACAAUGCAAGGACUGCAAGGUCCUCAAACAUGGAGGUUGCUGUUGCUGCUGAGGGGACAAUGCAUCUUAUAUAGACGCUAUGGUGAUGUGUUGGAGCCGUUUAAGUAUGCUGGAUAUCCCAUGUUAUUAAAUGCGGUGACUGUGGACAAGGAUGACAACAACUUUCUUUCAUCUGAUAGAGCACCUCUUCUGGUUGCAGCCUCAGAGCUUGUUUGGCUAACGUGUGCGUCUUCAUCACUGAAUGGCGAAGAGCUUGUGAGGGAUGGUGGAAUACAACUUAUUGCAACUCUUCUAUCCCGGUGCAUGUGUGUGGUUCAACCCACAACUCCUGCAAGCGAACCCUCCACUGUCAUUGUUACUAAUGUUAUGCGGACCUUUUCCAUUCUUAGUCGUUUUGAAAGUGCCAGAGUUGAGAUACUUGAAAUUUCUGGGCUUGUUGAAGAUAUAGUUCAUUGUACAGAACUCGAGCUUGUACCUUCUGCCGUUGAUGCUUCCCUUCAGACCAUUGCUCAUCUUUCUGUCUCCUCUGAAUUACAAGAUGCCUUACUGAAGGCUGGAGUAAUAUGGUACCUACUCCCUUUACUGCUCCAGUAUGAUUCAACUGCUGGGGAAUCAGGCAUGACAGAAACACAUGGUGUUGGAGCAAGUGUUCAAAUUGCCAAAAAUACUCAUGCUAUUCGUGCAUCUCAAGCGCUCUCAAGACUUAGCGGUACGAAUACUGAGGAAAAUACAACACCUUAUAAUCCGGGUGCUUCUGGGGCCCUAAAAGCCUUGUUGACACCUAAACUUUCUAGCAUGCUGAAAGAUCAUUUGGCAAAAGAGUUGCUAUCAAAAUUAAACUCCAACUUGGAGUCUCCGGAGAUUAUUUGGAACUCCUCAAUCCGAGGAGAGUUACUAAAAUUUGUGGAAGAACAGAGGGAAAACCAUGGCCCUGAUGGUUCGUAUGAUUUGAAAGAUGCCAAUUCAUUUAUAUACGAAGCAUUAUCGAAGGAACUCUUUGUUGGAAAUGUAUAUUUGAGAGUCUACAACGAUCAACCCGACUUUGAAGUCAGUGAACCUGAGGACUUCUGUGUUGCUCUUGUUGACUUCAUUUCGUGUUUACUGCGUGAUUUACCAGGCUCUGGUUCAGAGUUCUAUGUUAGUGGCUCAUCUCCUAAGACAUCUGAGUCACAGGAUGGUGAUUUUGAUGGUUCAUCUGCAGAGAAUAAUUCUACUGAUGGUUCGGUACCUGCACCCACCCCUUCUGAUGGAAAAAUGGCUGUCAAGGAGGGUGAAUUGAUUAAGCAUCUUCAAUUAGGUUUGACCUCUCUACAGCACUUGCUGACAAGCAAUCCUAACGUGGCCUCAGUAUUAGCGUCGAAAGAAAAGUUGUUGCCUCUUUUCGAAUGCUUUUCUGUGCCUGUUCCAUCUGACAGCAAUAUUCCUCAACUCUGUUUAAGUGUGCUCUCCCGUUUGACCACACAUGCUCCCUGCUUGGAAGCCAUGGUAGCUGAUGGUUCCAGUCUUCUUCUCCUUUUACAAUUGCUUCAUGCAUCUCCUGGCUGUCGUGAGGGAGCUCUUCAUGUUCUUUAUGCAUUGGCCAGCACUCCAGAGCUUGCUUGGGCAGCUGCAAAGCAUGGUGGAGUGGUGUACAUUCUGAAACUUUUGUUGCCUUUACAAGAAGAAAUACCUCUGCAGCAAAGAGCAGCAGCUGCUUCACUAUUGGGAAAGCUUAUUGCACAGCCAAUGCAUGGUCCCCGAGUGGCGAUAACACUUGCUCGAUUCCUACCAGAUGGCCUUGUAUCCAUCAUUCGGGAUGGCCCUGGUGAAGCAGUUGUGACUGCUCUGGAUCAAACAACUGAGACUCCAGAACUUGUGUGGACUCCAGCGAUGGCUGCUUCUUUGUCUGCCCAACUAGCAACAAUGGCAUCAGACUUGUAUCAGGAACAGAUGAAAGGAAGGGUUGUUGAUUGGGAUGUUCCUGAGCAGGCUUCCGGACAACAGGACAUGAAAGACGAACCUCAGGUUGGAGGUAUCUACGUGAGAUUAUUCUUGAAGGACCCGAAAUUCCCGCUUAGAAAUCCUAAGAGAUUUUUGGAAGGACUGCUUGAUCAAUAUCUUUCAUCUAUCGGUUCUGCUCAUUACGAUGAACAUGCUGUUGAUCCUGAGCUCCCUCUGCUUCUGUCUGCUGCAUUAGUCUCCUUGUUACGGGUGCACCCUGCUCUUGCAGAUCAUGUUGGCUAUCUUGGGUAUGUCCCAAAGCUUGUAUCGGCAGUUGCCUAUGAGGGAAGAAGGGAAACAAUGGCUUCUGUGGAGAUUAGAAAUGGCAAUCACCCUAGUGAGUCAAGUGAAGCCGAGGAUAGUUCAAUGCAGCCAUCUUCUCCAACACCCAAAGAACGAGUCCGGUUAAGUUGUUUACGUGUCCUACAUCAACUUGCAGCAAGUACAAUAUGUGCCGAAGCGAUGGCAGCUACUAGUGUAGGCACACCACAGGUUGUCCCGCUUUUGAUGAAAGCGAUUGGAUGGCAAGGAGGGAGCAUAUUAGCCUUAGAAACUCUCAAACGUGUUGUGGGUGCUGGCAAUCGAGCAAGAGAUGCGCUUGUUGGGCAAGGACUGAAGGUUGGUCUGGUUGAAGUACUUCUUGGUCUUCUGGAUUGGCGAGCUGGGGGGAAAAAUGGUAUUUGCUCUCAGAUGAAGUGGAAUGAAUCAGAAGCAUCCAUUGGCCGGGUGCUUGCUAUUGAGGUACUGCAUGCGUUUGCAGCAGAAGGGGCUCACUGUGUUAAAGUGCGAGAGAUACUGAAUUCCUCCAGUGUCUGGGAUGCGUAUAAGGAUCAAAGGCAUGAUCUGUUCCUUCCUUCAAAUGCGCAAUCUGCAGCUGCUGGUGUUGCUGGUUUGAUUGAAAAUUCCUCAUCAAGGCUUACUUAUGCCCUUACUGCGCCGCCACCAGCCGGCCAGGUAAAACCUCCUACUGUGGUUGGAGCUGAUUCAAAUGGAAAGCAGGAUCCUAGUUGA